AUUUGGAUUGCAAGAAAAGCCACCAGUCCACGAUUCCACCUGCCUCCGACCUCCUCCGCUUCUCCUCUUCUUCCUCGUCCACGCCACCGCCGCUGCCGUCGCCUCGACCUCGUGAAGAUGAGGGAGAUCCUCCACAUCCAGGCGGGGCAGUGCGGAAACCAGAUCGGCGCCAAGUUCUGGGAGGUGAUCUGUGAUGAACACGCGAUCGACGCCACCGGGGCGUACGCCGGUGACUCCGACCUCCAGCUCGAGCGCAUCAGCGUCUACUUCAACGAGGCCGUCGGUGCUCGGUACGUGCCGCGGGCCGUCCUGGUUGACCUCGAGCCCGGCACCAUGGACGCCGUCCGCUCCGGGCCCUUCGGUCGCAUCUUCCGCCCCGACAACUUCAUCUACGGCCAGUCCGGCGCCGGAAACAACUGGGCAAAGGGCCACUAUACCGAGGGUGCCGAACUCGUCGACGCUGUGCUCGACGUCGUCCGCUCCGAGGUCGAGAAGUGCGAUUGCUUGCAAGGAUUCCAGCUAUGCCAUUCAUUGGGAGGUGGCACUGGAUCUGGCAUGGGCACUCUUCUUAUCUCAAAGAUCAGAGAGGAAUAUCCAGAUCGCAUGAUGCUCACCUUUUCCGUCUUUCCAUCACCAAAGGUCUCGGAUACAGUAGUAGAGCCAUACAAUGCUACUCUUUCAGUUCAUCAACUUGUUGAGAACGCUGAUGAAAGUAUGGUCCUUGACAAUGAAGCUCUCUAUGACAUCUGUUUUCGCACUCUCAAGCUCACCACACCUACCUUUGGUGACCUGAAUCACCUUAUCUCGGCCACCAUGAGUGGUGUCACAUGUUGCUUAAGAUUCCCUGGUCAGCUUAACUCUGACCUCCGGAAACUGGCAGUCAACUUGAUCCCUUUUCCCCGCCUCCAUUUCUUCAUGGUUGGAUUUGCACCCUUGACUUCAAGAGGCUCACAGCAGUAUUAUGCCCUCACCGUGCCGGAACUGACCCAGCAGAUGUGGGAUGCUAAGAACAUGAUGUGUGCUGCUGAUCCACGCCAUGGGCGCUAUCUCACUGCUUCAGCCAUGUUCCGAGGAAAAAUGAGCACAAAAGAAGUGGAUGAACAGAUGAUCAAUGUCCAAAACAAAAACUCCUCCUACUUUGUGGAGUGGAUACCAAACAAUGUCAAAUCUAGCGUGUGCGACAUCCCACCGAAAGGGCUGAAGAUGGCAUCGACCUUUGUUGGGAACUCAACCGCCAUUCAGGAAAUGUUCAGCCGGGUCAGUGAACAGUUCACGCUAAUGUUCAGGAGGAAGGCCUUCUUGCACUGGUACACCGGUGAGGGGAUGGACGAGAUGGAGUUCACUGAGGCAGAGAGUAAUAUGAAUGAUUUGGUCGCCGAGUACCAGCAGUACCAGGAUGCGACAGCUGAGGAGUACGAGGUGGAGGAAGAAGAAGAGGAAGAGGCUGCCUGAAGCAAGACCUCCGUUCUGGUUGCUUCGAGUGGGUUUGGUUGUUGUGACAUCGAGGACAGCUUCAUCAAUGUCUGUAUGCUUCAUAUUAUGUGUGAAUGUGAUGUUGUGAAUUCUCAACUGCUGACAAUAAGAUUUCUAUGUACUUAUUUGUGGUUGCUGUUAUGAACAUCUGAUUUGUUGUCAUGCAAAUCACCUGUAAUAUUGCACUGCAUUGUGUACUGAAUUUGAAUCGGCUAUAGAAAAAAUUGUUGCACGAA